CCGAUGUAAAACAAAAACAGACAAAAUCACUGAAUCCCUCCCGACCCCAAAAUGACUUCUCCGGACUUCCUUCCCGUCGGUUGGUCUCUACAGUCCCAACUGCAAAAGACUGAUCCCGAAAUUACGUACCACGCGAACUUGGACACUGCCUUGGAUGCUGCCCAAAAGAUCUAUUCCAAGGAUGAUUUGAUUCAGCAUAUGAAAAUGGGAAACCCUAGAAGCAAUGAUCCUCAGCCAACUUCUGGACAGAUUAGGCUGUCUAAUAAUGAUCAUGUACAUACUGUGGCAAGAGCAAAUGAACAUCCAGAAUGGUUGCCAGAUGGUUGGUUUGUGGAGUUGAAAAUGCGUAAAAGUGGUGCAAGUUUGGGAAAGCGGGAAAAGAGUUAUUUUGAUCCCUCUACUGGAUUCAGAUUCUAUUCCAAGCCACAGGUUGUGACUGAGAAGUAUGUGGCAGAUGAGUUACCACCAGGUUGGAUUAAGGAACUCAAAGUUAGAAAGAGUGCAUGUGGAAAGAAGAAAGAUCCUUAUUACACAGAUCCAGCAAGUGGUUAUGUGUUUCGCUCCAAGAAGGAUGUUUUUCGCUAUCUUGAAACUGGGGAGAUCAGUAGAUGUGCAUUUUUACCAAAGAAAAGGAAGAUCAUUGAUCAAAAGUGUACUAAUGAUGAAACUACGCCAUUGUCAGCAGCUAAAAGGCACUCACUUGAAAAUGGGACAGAGAAUAUCAACAAUGCAAAAGCUAAUAGUUCAGGCUAUUCUAGGAAGAACAAGGAGCUUGAUUUGCCUCGGCGAUCUUCAAAACGACUUGCUGGGCUUGAACCUGAGCUGGUGGACAUUGAAGGAGCUCUUCAAAAUGCAACUACAAAGCUUUGCAAAAUUAAAGCAAACACCAUCAAAGUUUUAGUGGAGGAAGCAGCCCAGCAUCUGAAAAUUGGCCACAGAAUGGUGAGUGCCUAUCAAGCUACUGUUGAGUUGAUCAUUCAAUCACAUGGAGAUCCAGCAAGUAAGAGCAAAGUGCUUCCUUGUGAGAAAGCUGCUCCAGGGCUGGGGGAGAAACCACAAAUGAUUGAAACUAAGAAGAUUCAAGAUGAUACAUCAGCAGUGCAGACUCUCUUUUCCUCAAAUCCAUGUAUGGAAAAUGCAACCAAGAAGACUCUUAUAAAUGCAGUACCAGUUAAGGAAGUUGCUCAUAAUGGCAUUGUUUGUGCUAUACCUGCAAAUAUAAUGCGAGAGAAGAAUCUUGGUGAAAGUAGUACAUCAGCAAUACAGCCUCUCUUUUCUUCAGAUCCAUGUCUGAAAAAUGUAACAAAGAAGACUCCUACAGGCAGAGUACCAGUUAAGGAAGCUGCUGAUAAUGGGAUUGUUUGUGCUAUACCUGCAAAUAUACUGCAAGAGAAGAAUCUCGGUGAAACUAGUACAUCAGCAGUACAGCCUCUCUUUUCUUUGAAUCCUUGUCUGAAAAAUAUAACCGAGAAGAAGAAUCUUGGUGAAAGUAGUACAUCAGCAGUACAGCCUCACUUUUCUUCAGAUCCAUGUCUGAAAAAUGCAACAAAGAAGAUUCCUACAGGUGCAGUACCAGUUAAGGAAGCUGCUGAUGAUGGGAUUGUUUGUGCUAUACCUGCAAAUAUACUGCAAGAGAAGAAUCUGAGUGAAACAAGUACAUCAGCAGUACAGCAUCUCUUUUCUUCGGAUCCUUGUCUGAAAAAUAUAACCAAGAAGAAGAGUAUUGGUGAAAGUAGCACAUCAGCAGUACAGCCUCUCUUUUCUACAGAUCCAUGUCUGAAAAAUUUAACAAAGAAGACUCCUUCAGGUGCAGUAUCAGAUAAGGAAGCUGCUGAUAAUGGGAUUGUUUGUGCUAUAUCUGCAAAUAUACUGCAAGAGAAGAAUCUUGGUGAGACUAGUACAUCAGCAGUCCUGCCUCUCUUUUCUUUGGAUCCUUGUCUGAAAAAUGUCACCAAGAAGACUCUUACAGGUGCAGUACCAGUUAAGGAAGCUGCUGAUAAUGGGAUUGUGUGUGCUAUACCUGCAAAUAUACUGCAAAUGAAAAACAUUGGCAAAACUAGCAUGGGAAGUAGUGCCGGUACAAAUACUUCAAUAAAGAAGAAGGAAGAGUGCCACUUACCUCACCAAUCUUCAAAACGACUUUUUGGGCUUGCGCUUGAGCUGGUGGGGAAUUCAUUGUCCAGUGAACAAGAUCUUGGACUUGCUACUAGAGAUUCUUGCAACAAAGAAGCCACUCGAGAUGUAGGUUUAGAAUCAGAGAAUUUGGCAAAUGGACCUGAAGCAUGUCAACUGGUUGAGACUGGGUCAGUAACAGGGCACAGACAGGAGUGUUCAAAUAUGACCUCUGUUUCAUGGGAGUAUUCAUCAAACAAGAGCAAAGAGCCUGUUCAAGACCAAACUUUUCCUGCUGACAAAUCUCAUAAGUUGCUGGUAACUGAGAAAAUGUAUUCUGAGAAGUCAGAGCUACAGUUCUCAUCACCCUUUGCAAAUUCUAGAGCAAAUUCUUGUUCUGACCCAUGCCUAGAAUUUGCAAUAAAGACUCUUCCUGGUGCAACACCACUAGAGAAUGCUGUCAAUAAUCAGUUUGUUUCUGCUUCAGCUGCUAACAUCCAGCAAGAGAGUAAUAUAGGUGAAACUAUCAUGCAAAGAGGCAGCAGUGUAAAAACUGCAAUAAACUCAAGCAAGCUAAAGAAGAUGAAGAAGAAUAAAGAACUCAACUUGCCUCGAAGAUCCUCAAAACGGCUUGCUGGGCUUACACCUCAGCAGGUUGUGGAUUCAUUCACCAGUAAAGAAGCUCUUACCACUGCAGCAAGAAAUUCUUGCAAUAAAGAAGCCAUUCAAGUUGCAGGUUUAACUUCAGGAAAUUUGGCAAAUGGUUCUUGUCAACAGCAUUAUCCAGGACCAAGAACAGGGCUCAGACAUGAUUGUACAUAUACAGCCACUGCAUUGCAUGAAGAAUUGUCAACAAAGAGCGAAGAGCUUCUUCAAGGUCAAAGUCAAACUGCAAUUGCAGACCAAUGCCAUAAGCUGGAUGAUGAGAAUAUGCCAAGUGAGAAGUCAGAGCCACAAAUCAGAUUUCCCUUUGUGGAUGCUUGGCAUGACCCAUGCCUAGUAUUUGCAAUCAAGACUCUUACAGGUGCAAUACCAUUAGAGGAUGCUGCCAUUGAUGGGCUUGUUUCUGCUCCAGCUACUAAUAUCCUGCAAGAGAAGAAUCUAGGCGAAGCUGCUCAUGGAAGUGCCAGAAGAGUAAAAACUUCGCUAAAAUCAAACAAGUCAAAGACAAAAAAGGAGAAAGAGCUCAACUUGCCUCACCGAUCUCCAAAACGACUUUCUAGGCUUGCAACCCAGCUGGUGGUGAAUUCUUUGUCCACUGAAGAGACCUUUACAGUUAUAGGAAGAAAUUCUCGUAAUGAAGCAGCCAUUCGAGAUGCAGGUUCAAUUUCAGAGAAGUUGGUGGAUGGAGCUUGUUGGCAACUUGAGACUGAGCCAAUUAUGUGGCUUAGAAAUGGCUCCAGAUACAUGCCAGGUGCGUUGCAUGAAGAAUCAUCAAGUAAAAGCAAAGAAAAAGACAAUAAGCCUCUUCAAAAUCAAACUGUUCCUACAGAGCAUUGCCAAAGGCCAGACUCUGAGAAUAUCUAUGAUGAGAAGUCAAAGCCACAGUUCUUAUUUCCCCUCAGAGAUUCUUCGUCUGACCCAUGCCUCGAGUUUGCAUCCAAGACUCUCAGAGGUGCAGUUGCGGUGGAGGAUAAUUUUGCUCUACAGGAUUACUUCCAACAACAACAACUUUACACAUCCAGCACUAAGAGGGAUGGUGACUCUGCACUUUCAAAUUUUGGUCUGCCCAACUUUUUCCAAGCUGAUAUUUCAUCCCACUUUGAUACGCCAGAAAAACCACCUCUCUGGCAGCAACAGGUCACCGUGCAUCCUUCAGGCUUACCUCCAGCAAAUGCGUGCUUACCUAGUGGAAGUGGCGAUUGCUCUCAGCAACCUUGCGUGAGAUUAAGGAAUUACCCAGCAAAGUGAACUCCACUUUUUCCUCCUGUAAAUAUGGUGCCUGUUUCUUUUUGCAUAUAAAGGUAGCUGAGUUCAGGAUCUGUUGUUGUAAUUUGUAACUACAACUUAGCUACCAAAGAUUUUCUCCUAACAAGAUGCAGGUGCAAGAAAAACUUAGGUUUUGCUUGCCUUUUGUAAUUGAUCCUGCCAUUUUGAUAAAGGAUUAAGGAUGCCAUUUGAGCAUCCUGUUUACUAUGAAGAAUUAUUUUAUAAAUGAUAAAGGAAACC